GCGAUGGUCGGCCAUUCGAUGUGCUUGCGUUUUCAGUUUACAGAAAACAUCGAUGCUUCGACGCCUCGAUGCAUCGACUAUUUAUACAUCGAGUGGAAAAUUUUCGAUGCAUCGAAACGAAACAUCGAUAUUUUCGAUGCAUCGAUGUUUUUUCGGCAUCCGUAGUGAGAACACAUAGUUUUUUGGUAUGGAGUAUUUACGUCCGUUUUGGAAUUGUUUGAGUACAUUUUGCAGGUGUUUGCGUUGUGCAGAAGAUAUUGAUAACCAGUUCCAUUAUGAACCAAACGAGAGGACUUACUUGCUAGCUGAUCCUGCAAUUCACAACAGUCCAGCUCUAGGGCAAACAAACUCUGACGACCUUAGCAGUGAAUUUGCCCAAUCAUUGCCCAAAAAAGAUGAAAACGCAUUAUGUCGCUUAGUUCAAAGUACAGCUAUGAAUAUGAUAGAUGUGGGCGCUAUGGACUUACACAAUCUUGAAAACGAGGAGUAUAACGAUAGAAUAAAAUUAUAUUCCCAACGCUUGCAGCAACAAUGGAAUAAUAUUCAGCAUCCAAGUAAAGGAGCUUCAGUUGUUGCGGCUCUUGCAGCUGUCGGAAUCGACAAGAUUCUACGCAGCAGGAUCGCUGGAUAACGUGGUGGGCAAGCGUUCUGAAAGGACGAGUUCCGUACCGUCUUCGCUUCUCUGUAUUUAAGUAACUACAAUCCAGUAGACUGCGUUCGGUCGGAAAGGAUAAGUUUCCGAGCCGCCUUACCCUGGUGUUGGGUAGUCGAUCUGAAAGAACGAGUUCCGUUGCCCAAAUUGAUAUAUUGCGUAUAUCGAAAUCUAUACAUAGUAUAAAGGAAAAGUCGAGAUUCUUUGUACGCGGUAAUCUCGAAGCCUACUGAACGGAUUUUGACGAGAUUUUCUCUAAUAUACUCUGUAUCCAUGUUCAAUCAUAAUAAACGUAGGCGCCAGUU